AUGCACGCCAAGACUCCACUGGCCCUCACAUUCGACGAGAUCGACGACCUUCUCCACUUCACCCGCGCCAACGAAGUCCAAGAUCUGGAGCAGACGAUCACAGAGCUGUCGCAAAAGUACCAGUGCGCAACAAAGGAUGUACUGGAGGCUGCAGUAGAUGCGGAGACGGGCAACACGGUCCUGCACUUUUGCUCAGCCAACGGUCUUGCAGAGCUCUUGCCUGUACUUUCAAACAAGCUGGGUCAGACAUCCACAGACAACACCAAUGGUGCGUCGCAGUCGUCGAAGCUCGUGAAUCAUGGCAACAGAGAAGGCAAUACCCCACUACAUUGGGCGGCAUACAACGGACACUUGGCUGUGGUGAAGCUUCUGAUCGCUGCGGGAGCAGACAUGUGGGUGAAGAACGCUGCAGGACAUCUUGCCAUGUUCGAGGCAGAGCGGGCAGAAAAGGACGACGUCGUACAGUACCUGCUAGAAGUAGGCGGCAAGGACGUGGAGACAGGUGGUUCGGAGGGACAGGCAUCAGCUGAAGACGUCGCGGAUGUGCAGGAUGGGGAGGCUGAGAGCAGUGCCAGUGCUCAGGCAAGUGCAGGCGCCGGAUCUGGACCUUGA